AUGGCCCCUCACAGAGCCCUGCAGCUGUCCCUGAAGAAGCCCACCUAUGCUGUGUGUGUGGUGGGAGUAGAGACCUAUGUAGACGUCCACAGUCAUGCCCCCAAGGGAGCCAGAACCUUUAGAGUCUCUGGGAGUUCCGGGGCGAAGGUCUUCGUGGUAUAUGACCCUGCCAGGGUGACCAAACCCACCGACCAGGAGCACUGGCCCCUGGAGGCCAGCGUGGACGUGGUGGUUUCUGUGACUACAGCCAGCAAGAACGUAGGGGACGUUAAGGUGAAGGUGUCCUACUUCAAGCAGGAGGAUGACAGUGCUCUGGGUCGAAGUGAGCUCUACCUCACAGGCGUCGAUAUCUCCCUGGAUGUUGACACAAACCGAACAGGCAAAGUGAAGAGAAGUCAAGGUGAUGACAAGAAAUCCUGGAGCUGGGGGCCAAAGGGCUCUGGAGCCAUCCUGCUGGUGAACUGUGACCGGGACAGUCCCAGGUCCAAGGGGCUUGAUCUUGCCAACAGCAAGCUGAUGUCCCUGCAAGACCUACAGGACAUGUCCCCCAUGGUGCUGACCUGUGCAGGGCCAGACCAACUCUUCGAGAGCCACAAGCUGGUCCUGAAUGUGCCGUUCUCUGAUGCCAAGAGAGUGGGGGUCUUCUGUGCCAGGGGUGGGAACCAUCUCUCAGACUACAAACAGGUGCUGGGGCCCCAACGUCUGUCCUACGAAGUGGAGCGGCAGCCGGGAGAGCAGGAGAUACACUUCUAUGUGGAGGGGCUCACCUUUCCCGAUGCCGACUUCGUGGGCCUGGUCUCCCUCAGCGUCAGCCUGAUAGAUACGGGGUCCCACCCCGAAGUACCACUUUUCACAGACACUGUGACCUUCCGCAUGGCCCCCUGGAUCAUGACCCCCAACACCCAGCCACCCCUGGAGCUGUAUGUUUGCAGUGUAAUCGACUCCCAUGGCCCCAAUGAGAAGUUUCUGGUACACAUGGAUGACCUGGCCCAGAAAACCAGGUGCAAGCUCAUUGUCUGCCCAUGGACUGAAAACAGAAACGACCGUUGGAUUCAGGACGAGAUGGAGUUUGGCUAUAUUGAAGCCCCUCACAAAUCCAUCCCCGUAGUCUUUGACUCUCCCCGAAACAGAGGCCUGAAGGAUUUCCCAUAUAAGAAGAUCCUGGGCCCUGACUUUGGGUAUGUAACUCGAGAGAUACCAUUUGCGGGCCCUUCUGGCCUCGACUCCUUUGGCAACCUGGAUGUCAGCCCUCCAGUCACCGUGGGUGGCAAGGAGUAUCCCCUGGGCCGGAUCCUCAUCGGCAACAGUUUUCCCAGGUCUGGUGGACGUCGGAUGGCCAAGGUGGUGCGUGAGUUCCUGAGGGCCCAGCAGGUGCAGGCACCUGUGGAGCUCUACUCCGACUGGCUCUCUGUGGGCCAUGUGGAUGAGUUCCUGAGCUUCGUGCCAACCUCAGACCAAAAGGGCUUCCGGCUGCUUCUGGCCAGCCCCAACGCCUGUCUUAAACUCUUCCAAGAGAAGAAAGAGGAGGGUCAUGGCCAUGCAGCCCAGUUUGAUGGACUAAGGCACAAGAAGAAUCAAAGCAUUAAUGAGAUGCUGGCAGACCGGGAUCUAAAGAGUGACAGUCAGUAUGCACAGAAAUGCAUCGACUGGAACCGGAAGGUGCUGAAGCAGGAGCUGGGCCUGACAGAGCAAGACAUUAUCGAUAUCCCCCAGCUCUUCUCUGUAAAGGGAAGCUAUGCAGAAGCCUUUUUCCCUGACAUGGUGAACAUGGUGGUGCUAGGCCAGUACCUGGGCAUACCCAAACCCUUCGGACCCAUCAUCAAUGGCCGCUGCUGCCUGGAGGAGAAGGUGCGAGAGCUGCUUGAGCCGCUGGGCCUACACUGUGUCUUCAUCGAUGACUACUUGUCCUACCAUGAGCUUCUGGGGGAGAUUCAUUGUGGCACCAACGUGCGACGGAAACCCUUCUCUUUCAAGUGGUGGCAUGUGGUGCCCUGA